UUAUGACAGAAAAGCUCCCUGCUACAGGGAGGAGGUCUAAGCGGGUUGCCCGAGCCUGUGCUUUUAACCACGAAGCUACACUGCUUCUUAGUCAUUAUUGGAAUGGUCAGCAAUGCCUGGGUUACGCAUGUUGCUGCCUGUUGGAAUAGGAAUAUCUUUAACACGAGUUAGAGAGCUCUGAAGUCAUUCCUAGAAAGAUGAGAGGCCCUGGGAUCAAUAUUGUCAAGAUUUGGGACAGGCUUUCCCAGGAGUCUGACAUUCUUUUUGUUCCCAUGGAAAGGAGCCAGAGCUGGUAUUGCACAUUUUAUCGGUAGAUGAGGUCACCAAGGGAUGAACGUGGGAAGCAGAGGGUCUUGCUGAUUAUUAUGGUCAAAUUUCUCUAGAGGAAACGCCACAGAGAAGAAUGUCAGAUGCAGAGGGAAACCCACUAGAAGAAGCAGAAGAUGGAGAGACAGAAAUGAAAGAAGAAGAACAUCCAGAUUAUUCUGAAGAGGAAGAAAAUGUACCACAGAAAUCAGGGGAUGACCUAUUACCACGGAGAGAGACUCAGGAGGAGAAAGAGGCGGAGGAGGAAGGGGAAGGAAACCUGGAGGAGGAGGAGGAGGAAGGGGCAGCACUGGCCGAGAUGGUUUCAGGAUCCCAGGAAGAAAUCCCAGGGGCGUCCCAACAAAUCACCAUGGCCAUGGUCAGUUUGGAGGGACUCUCAUCCACUGAUUCCGAGUCACUCAUGUCAGAAAAUUCUCUAAUCAUUGGUAGGGAGUCGGAGCAUUCAUUGCCAACGGAGAGCUUGAGCACCCUGAGCUCACCCUCCGACUAUGAGUUGGCGCUCACCAGUUCUGAAGAAAAACUGAUAAUUUCCCUUCAAAAGAAAAUGGCCCGACUGUCCUCAGGGGAACUGGCCCAAGAAAAAGUCUCAGAACCAGUAAAGGGGGAAAAGAGACGAGAAAAAAAAGUAUCCUACGUCGACAAGGGAAAAGAGGAAGAAUUGCAGCCCGUAGCCCACACCCCCGCGGCGGACAAGGAGUCGCUGGUGUCCACCAGCAGUAAGGACGUCUUGUUUCAAAAGGACGACGGGGCCAAGGUGUAUCCCUUGACCAUGACGUGGAAGUUCGGAUGGAACAGCUCUCUCCCUGUGUACUACAUCCGAGACGAAGAGCAGCGGGUGCUCCUGUACGCCAACGCCCACACCGCGGUCAUCUACAACGCCCACAAGAACACUCAGCAUCACCUUCGGGGCCACCCCAACGUGAUCUCCUGCAUGUGCGUCAGCGAGGACAGGCGGUGGAUCGCCACGGCCGACAAAGGGCCCAACUGCCUGUUGAUGAUCUGGGACUCCUUCACAGGGAUUCCCGUGCACACAAUAUUCGACAGCUGCCCGGACGGCGAAGGCAUCAGGGCCAUAGCCAUGACCCGCGAUGCCAAGUAUCUGGCAACCAUCUCAGAUGCCGAAAUCCAGAAAGUUUGCAUCUGGAGGUGGACUUUAGCGGCCGAAACACCGGCAUGCACGCUGGACCUGCCCAAGGAGUACGGUUUUCAGAACUACCUUAUUUUUAAUCCAACAAAUAAUAAAGAAUUGGUGAGCAAUAGUAAAGUACGGGCAAUAUAUUAUUUGUGGUAUGAAGAGAGAGGGAUACUUAUUCACAGUGCCCCACUUUUAACAGAAAAAACGUUCAACAAGCACGUGGGGAAGUUCAGCCAGUCCAUCUUUCACCUGAAUUUAACCCAAGUCCUGUCGGCCACCCUGGAAGGGAAGCUGGUGGUCUGGGAUGUGUACCGCCCCCCGCUGUCUACCUCCACCCUCCCCUACAUCAAGCCUUGUAAACUGGUUCACUUGCAGAAAGAGGGUAUCACUGUGCUUACUACAGUUGACAGCUAUAUUGUCACAGGUGACGUGAAGGGUAACAUUAAGUUCUACGAUCGCACCCUGUCCAUCAUGAACUGGUUCAGCAACUUCAAACUGAGCUCCAUAAGAACGCUGUCCUUCUCGAAGACCCCGGCGACGCCUCCUACCGAGAAAUCAAACUACCCUUCAGACUGCACUUUAAAAGGUGACAUUUUUGUCAUAAGGAAUUUUAUCAUCGGAACAUCUGAUGCGAUCGUGUACCACUUAAAGGCAGAUGAGACCAAGCUGGAGAAGUUACUCAUAGAGCCCAAGGAAGCCAUUUGUGCCAUCUCCUGCCACCCGUAUCAGCCCCUCAUCACCAUCGGGAGUUCCUGUGGCAUGAUCAAAGUGUGGGAUUAUAAAAAGAAAAAAUACCUUUUCAGCAGAGUCUUCGAGAAGGGGCUUGGCAUCCAGAGUCUGACCUACAACCCUGAAGGAGACCUUCUCGGAGCUGGCUUCACCGAGGGGACAGUUUACAUUCUUGAUGCAAUGUCCUUGGAAAAUGGGAUCCCAGAGCCUUUCAACUAUUCCAGGACCAGCGUGACGCACAUCAGCUUCUCCCAUAACUCCCAGUACAUGGCAACCGCGGAUGCAAAUUUUACUGUGGCCGUUUACAUGGUCAAGGUCAGGCAUAGUGAGAGGGUCUGGGAAUACCUGGCAAGGCUGCGUUCUCAUCGCCAGAGCAUCCGGAGUCUCCUGUUCGGGGUUCAUCUGGAUAGCAAUGAGCCCAGACUGCUGAGCCUCGGGAGAGACAGGCUCCUGAUCGAGUAUAAUCUUCUCGGGAGCUACAAAAACCACCUGGAAGUACUGGACAUUCACCAAACUGACCAGGGCAACUACCCCACCUGUAUGAUCUGGUACCCACCACUCACCAAGGAACUCUUCCUGCUCAUCUCCAACAGCGGCUACAAAGUGAAACUUUUCAAUUCUACCACCAAAAUGUGCAGAAAGACACUUCUGGGGCCCAGUCUUCGGGUCUCCCAUGAGCAGGUCCAGGUCCUCCCCGUGAAAACCGCCAUGGAGCUGGAGAGGCGCUACUUGGUGUUCAUCAACAGAGACAAGGUCGGACUCCAGAUCUUACCGAUAGAUGGCAACCCCCAUAAGACCUGUGCUAUCGUCUGCCACCCGAACGGGGUGGCCGGGAUGGCCCUCUCCCACGAUGGCCACUACGUCUUCACGGCGGGGGGACAGGACCUGUCUGUGGUGCAGUGGGAAGUCAACCUCAGCGCCCUGGAGGCAGCUGUUUCUCUUGGGGGUGAAGACUUGAUCCCGUUCUAUGGCCUGGUGUCUGGUGGCAGGGAAGGAAAAUUCUACAGGAUCGAUGAUAUGUUUAACGAAAUCAAAUUUAGUGAGUAUGUGGACACUGGAGAGGUAAUUGACAAAAUCAGCUUACCGGAUUUCCUGAAAGUUUACCUUAACCACCGGCCACCUUUUGGUUACACCAUGAGUUCCAUCCAGAAGAACUUCGACAUUCUGGGCUACACCAACUCGGAAGGAAAGAAAGCCAUUCGAAGAGAGGAUUUCCUGAGGCUGCUUCUAACUAAAGGGGAGCACAUGACGGAGGAGGAGCUGUCCGACUGCUUCGCCACGCUGCUGGGCCUGAACCCCGAGGGCUGGAAAUCCGAGCCAGCCGCCUCCUCCCUCAAAGGGCCGGAAGUGCGCUGGGAAGAGGAGCUCCCGGAGGAGAUCACGGCGGAAAUAUUCGUCACGGACAUCCUGGGCCUGACCAUUUCACCGGGUUUCGGACAAGAUGCUGAGGUCAGCGAGGGUGCAGGGGAUGUCUGA